AUGCUCGACCUGCUCCGGGAUGAACGGCUACUCUACGAUGAAAAUGAUAUACAACUCAACGAAACUGUAAGUGCUGGCCAUCACUGUACGGUCUCCAGGGGUGUACUAACCGUUAGAAUAGAUGGCCAAUACUGUGAUCGGCGUAUGGAUGUAGCCGUAAAAAAAUUAAAUAAAAUGUACAAUAAAAAAGAUGCACAAAUGUUUGUCAAUCAUUUGUUAAUUGCCAGAGAUUUAAGACACGAUAAUGUGUUAGAAAUUAUCGGACUGUGCUUUAGAGCAGACAAUGCAUUACUAAUUGUAAUCCCAUUUAUGGAGAACCGGGAUCUAAGCAGUUAUCUACGUAACGAAACACAUGAGCUAUCUGUACGUCAAUUGAUAAACUUUAUUACGGAUUCAGCUAAAGGUAUGGAAUAUCUAUCGCUCAGACAUGUCGUCCAUCGUAACCUAUCGGCCAAACAUUGUAUGCUUGACGAAAACCUGUGCAUAAAAAUCGCACACUUCGGGACAUCAGUAAGUCAUCCGCGACUACAUGAUUAUAGACACAGUUUUACUACUGUCUCUUAUAAAUACCGAUCGGCUGCCAUCAAAUGGACGGCACCCGAAUCACUAGAGUACGACCGAUACGACAGCCGAUCGGAUGUCUGGUCCUUUGGUGUGUUGGUCUGGGAGAUAAUGACCCGAUCGGCCAUUCCAUACGGCGACAUAGAAAAUCACAGUGUAUUGAGUUAUGUAAAACGUGGCGGCCGUUUGCCCCGUCCCUACUACUGUCCCGACCAGUUAUAUACACUGUUGUUGACUUGUUGGUCACCAUCACCACAGCAUAGGCCAACAUUUACCGAAUUGGUCGACGAUAUUAAUUUGAUUGAUGUCGGUGUCGACGAUGAGUUUAAGUCGAGAUUGGUAUCACUGGAGAUGGCCUACAAAUAUCAUAAUAAACAAUAUGCCAAUAAUGAACUGUACGACGAUUGUAAAGGUUUGAAUACCAAUUAUGAGGAACAACAGUAUAUUUGUAUGAAUACUAUUUGA